UUUAUGUUGAUGGUGGCACAUUCUGAUUUGGAGGGCAUGUUCUCACUGGGGCUGGUGGCCAAGGCUGCACUGCUCGUGCCUGCUUUCCAGCUGCACAGCAGCAGCUUGCCCAGAAGAAAAAGAAAUGCUUCCAGUACUGGUUCAUUUAUCUUUUUAGCUAUGAUUGCAGUCAUAUUGGUAUCACAAGAUUUAGCUUUUGAUAUUCGUGGAAAAUAUGAAUAAAGCAAUUGUGUUCUUGAGGGCUGCUGCUGGUGCUAUGGCAGCGUUGAGUCACAGCAGUUCACUCUGAUAUUUUAUGUAAAAUAUGUUUGUGCUCAAGUCUAUGGCGUCAGUUCUGUUUCCAAGGUUCGAGACAAUGGUGCAAUUGAGACUGGUUUGUAUCACACUUAAACCAACUGAUAUGUUCAAUUUCUGCUCUCAGUGCAACAUUGGUGGUGUCUGAUUAAAAAUAUCUCUGUUGUUGCACAGCCCGAAGCCAGCCCUGUAACAUUUUCUCGGGUGGUUAGUUACUAAGUUCUACGAGGGCAGAAUUGGAUCAUUGUAUCCUUUGCUUCCCACUAAAACUCUCUCAAACUUGGAGCCGACCUUUGGCCUCUCAGCCUGGACCUGUGCGGGACUGAGGUUUCAUGUGGGGCAGAGGCUGUGUUGGCUCAGCUGAAUGCUCCUGGUGAACGAUGGGCCAAAAUCCCUGAGCUCUGGAAUGUGUUUUAGUCAAGAACUGGAAUGAUUUCUUUUGUCAUGAAAUUGCAUCUCUGGUUGCUGCCCCAGAACUGGGUGUUGGUUUCUUUGGUGAGGUAUCAUCAGCUGCUCCUGCAUCUCCUGGUUCUCUGUGUUGGCAGUGUGUGUGCCCGUGCAGUUUGUGUCCAGAAUUGCCUCUGUCAUUGAGGAAACCGUUUAUAGGGCACAGGUUACCUGGAACACCUCAGUGCUUUCUCCUUUGCUCUGCUCUCUCCCUUUUGUGGGUCACAGAUCUGCUCACAGGGCUGGUUUUGAGGUGGCCGGAGGGUGGGACUCCCUGGGCUUGUGUUUCUGGACACUUUGCACUCUCUGUGGAUACGUUUCCCUUUAUAAAUUGCAUGAAACCUCAAUUGCCAGUGCUUUGUUGUUAAUUGUCCAGCUGGAGUGAGGGAAUUCCUCAGGGUGAACAGGUCAUGGGUAUGAAAGUACUUGCAUCAGUACAGCUUGUUCAGCUACAUAUCCAAAAUAAACAAUAACGUGGAGGUGCUGCUACUACUGGUAAUAAUGAACUUUCAUCUGUGCUGGAAGAGAGGCAACUAAUUCAGCUUUGGGCUUGCUGAAUAACUUGAGAAGUUGGUUGGCACCUAAUAUGAAAAGAACAAUUGUUUUACCUGGAAAAAAUGACAGUUAGUAUCCUUACAGUGUUUCCAAAGUGAUGCAUGAUGUAAACAAAACAUUUCAUAAGUGCCACUGCUCCAAUUGUGCGUUUGCUGGAAGUUACUGAGUGUUUAGAAAGCCUCCCUCGAUGCCCAGCUGCACUGCGAGAAGGGUGGGAGAGUUUUGGAGCUGGUUUUUGCCAUGGAGGCCCGAAAGAAGUUGGAAAACAAGUUUUCUUGGGUUACAGUUUAGCUCUGUUAUUAGGUGGCUGCCUCUGGCUGGGCUUUGCCUGCUGAGAAUUUCCUACACCAGGAGCAGCAGGGUGAUUGCAGUGCGGGGGGAAGGAGCUGUGGAUUUCACAGACAAGUUAAGGGAGCAGUGUGGCAAUUUCUCCUGAGCUCCCCUGCGGUGGCCUUAUUAACCAGUUACUUUGUCACACUCCCCCCCCAACUCAGUCAUGUGGAAAUGUCACCGUCCAGUUAAUUAUUAAUGGCGCUCAGGCCUGGAACAGCCUGUGCUGCUCCACCUUGUCGCAGUAUGCCAAGUCGGUCGUGCUGCUGAGUUUGCCUAGCCCGAGGAGGCUGGAGAUGUGAUUUUGAGAAGCAGAGAGCAUUGUUACACUUAGGUGAACAUUAGCAAGAUGUUAACCAGGGGUGCCUCAUUCUGCUGAGAUGAUGCAUCUGCCUGGUUCCAUGCUCAGUUUCUGUACAGAGAAGCUUGGCUGUGGGGGGACAAACUGAAGUGCUUCCUGUCCACUGAUAUUACUUAGUGAAAAUGUGCUUGUUAAUUUAUUUAAAGGAAUAAACAAUGAAUUUACUUAGUUAAAAUAUGUUUCUUUGUUCAUACUUUUUUCAGAAGCCCAGAAUUCACAGCCUUAGCUCUGGUCAGAAGUCACAUGUUUUGUAUAGUUUCACGUUUAAUAAGCCAAGUUUUUCUAGUUCUCUCUGCUUCAAACCAAGAAGACUGGUUCCUUCGGAGGAAGCCUUUCUAGAGGUGCUAACAAUUGGUAUGGCCUCACAAGUCUUGGUCUAUCCACCAUAUGUUUAUCAAACCCAGUCAAGUGCCUUUUGUAGUGUGAAGAAACUCAAACUAGAACCAAGCAGUUGUGUGUACCACGAAAGAACCUACCCGCAAAUCUAUGUGAAUGGUAAAAACUUUGGAAUUUCUCCCCACAGGGUUAGUACUUUCUUUCAGACUAAAAACCCAUUCGAUAAACCUCGAGGACAGAGCUUUUGGUUGCAGUCAAAUGCUGUUGCUUUAAAAAAUACUGCAGGUGCUACAAAAGCGUUGGCAGCGUGGGCGCAGCAACCUCAGCUGGAGGCGCCUGGGGCCGGGACGCAGGGAAGCCGGUCGGAUAUCCUGGAAGGAGCCCAGCGAUGUGGAUUGAAGCGUAAGAGCGAGGAGCUGGAGAACCAGAGCAGCACGAUGCAGAUCGUUGACGAGCUGUCCAUCCUGCCUGCCAUGCUGCAGAGCGGCGUGGCCAACCCGGUGACGGUGGUGGCCACAGCCGCCGCGUCCAAGCAGGGCGGUACCGGCGGCGACGGGGAUUACCAGCUGGUGCAGCACGAGGUGUUGUGCUCGGUGAAAAACACCUACGAGGUUCUCGAUUUCCUGGGACGAGGGACCUUUGGACAAGUGGUCAAGUGCUGGAAAAGGGGGACGAAUGAGAUCGUGGCAAUCAAAAUCUUGAAGAAUCAUCCUUCGUACGUGCGCCAGGGGCAGAUAGAAGUGAGCAUCUUGGCGAGGCUAAGCACUGAAAAUGCUGAUGAGUUUAACUUUGUGAGAGCCUAUGAAUGCUUUCAGCAUCGUAACCACACUUGUCUGGUUUUUGAGAUGUUGGAACAGAAUUUGUAUGACUUCCUGAAACAAAACAAAUUCAGCCCUCUGCAACUGAAAGUAAUAAGGCCUAUUCUGCAACAGGUGGCCACUGCACUGAAAAAACUAAAAAGUCUGGGUUUAAUCCAUGCUGACCUCAAACCAGAGAACAUUAUGUUGGUGGAUCCUGUUCGGCAGCCUUACCGGGUCAAAGUCAUAGACUUUGGGUCUGCCAGCCAUGUAUCAAAGACUAUUUGUUCAACUUAUUUACAAUCUCGGUAUUACAGAGCACCAGAGAUCAUACUGGGAUUGCCGUUUUGUGAAGCCAUAGACAUGUGGUCGUUAGGGUGUGUGAUUGCAGAGCUGUUUCUUGGAUGGCCACUGUACCCAGGAGCACUGGAAUAUGACCAGAUUCGUUACAUUUCACAGACUCAAGGUUUGCCAGGAGAGCAGUUGUUAAGCAUGGGAACGAAAACUGCAAGAUUUUUCUGUAGAGAAACAGAUGCACCAUAUUCUAGUUGGAGAUUAAAGACAUUGGAAGAACACGAGGCAGAAACAGGUAUGAAGUCUAAAGAGGCCAGAAAGUAUAUUUUCAACAGUUUGGAUGAUAUAGUGCACGUGAACAUGGUGAUGGAUUUGGAAGGAAGUGACCUGUUGGCAGAGAAGGCAGACAGGAGGGAAUUUGUCAGUCUGUUGAAGAAAAUGUUGCUUAUCGAUGCUGAUUUAAGAAUCACUCCAGCUGAGACCCUGAACCAUUCUUUUGUUACCAUGAAGCACCUCCUUGAUUUUCCUCAUAGCAACCAAGUGAAGUCCUGCUUUCAUAUCAUGGAUAUUUGCAAAUGCCGAUCAAACCUGUAUGACUUAAGCAAUUGCAAUAAAACAUCACUUGUGAGAUCAGUUGCCUCAGGCAAUGCAGCCAACCUGACUGCAAGCUUUACCAAAAUUGGUCCAGUAAGAAGUCAGGCAUUAACUGCAUCUGCCCACUCAGUUCUGCACCAAGGGAUUCCUCUGCAGGCAGGAACUGCUCAGUUUGGUUGCAGUGAUGUUUUCCAGCAAGCAUUGAUUAUAUGUCCUCCAGCUAUUCAAGGAAUUCCUGCAAACCACAGCAAACCCACCAGUUUCUCCCUGAGGGUGGAUAAUGCAGUUCCCCUGGUGACCCAAGCCCACGCAAUUCAGCCACUACAGAUUCGAGCAGGAAUCCUUUCUCAGCAGGCGUGGUCCAGCCAGACGCAGCAGAUCCUGGUUCCUGCGUGGCAGCAGGUGGCACCAGUGGCAGCUCCAGCCACAUCUCUGCCCUCUGAUCCUGUGGCUGGCCCACAGAGGCUUGCAGACUGGGGGAAGAUGAUUACCCAGGGCACCCACUACAGCUCAAUGCUACCACAGCCUCUUUUAACACAUCAGAUAACCUUGUCUGCCCCUCAGCCCAUUAGUGUGGGCAUUGCACACGUUGUCUGGCCUCAGCCUGCAGCUACCAAGAGGAACAAACUGUGCCAGAACAGGAGCAACAUGCUACAAAACACCAAUAUCCAAAAUUCAGCCUUUAUCUCUCCAAAGAUCCUCAACCUGAAGGCUGUCAAGAGAAUCAGUUGUAUAGAAGCACAGGACAAUCUCAACUCGGAGGGGCAGGAGGGCGGCUGCUGCGAGGCGUCGCUCAGGCUGGCCCCUGAGCCCCCUGUCCCCAGCAGCCCGCGGCCAGCCCUGUUCCUGGCCAGCCCGCCCAGCCCCGCCGGCAGCGUCAUCACCAUCAGCAGCGACACCGACGAGGACGACGCGGCGCGGACGCACUCGCUGAGGGAGUGUAAGGGGAGCCUGGAGUGUGAAGCCUGCCAGAACACCCUGAACAUCGAGCGCGUGUGCUCCCUGAGCAGCCCCGACAGCACGCUCAGCACCAGCUCCUCGGAGCAGUCCAGCCCCUCUCCUUGCAAGAGACCCAACAGCAUGUCAGAUGAUGAACAGGAAAGUGGAUGUGAUACAGUGGAUGGUUCCCCAAGCUCAGAUUCCUCAGGACACGACAGCCCCUUUGUGGAAAAUGGCUUCGUAGACAAUAACAAUAAAAAUAAGGAAGCAAGAGCCUCAGUUAACUCUGAAACCAAAUCAACAGUUUGCACAGUAGUGGUACCACCCAUGAGACUUGAAAACAGGUUACAUCUUGAGGAACAGAUGGUGAAUACAGAUGCUCCGUGCCAGCCACUGAGAAAGGGUCGGUCUGUCCUGGGGAGAAUGAACCAGUCUUCUGUGGUGGGGAACCGUCAGCAGAAACUGGCAUCAGCAUUCCAUCAGCACCAUGGAAACUUCAGUCAGGUCCAGCACUUCGCCUCGGGGCCGCAGGAGUGGAACGGGAACUUCGCCCCGCGCAGGCAGCAGCAGCAGCAGCCUUUCCUGCCCGCCGCCGUGGCCGGCCCCGCGUUCUCCCUGCCCCAGGGCAGCCCCAGCCACCUGCCGGGGAGCUCCCACCUGGGCGGGCAGCCCGCCAUGCUGCCCUACGCCUCGCCGGCGCCCGUGGCGCACCUGCUGGCCUCGCCCUGCGCCUCCGGAGCGCUGCUGACGCACCCGGCCUACGGCCUGAGCCACGCCAGCGGCAUCGUGCACCAGGUGCCCGUGGGCAUCAACCCCCGCCUGCUGCCUUCCCCCGGCGUGCCCCAGACUCAGUACAAAGCCCUCUUCCCGCCCCACUCCUACGUGGCCGCCUCGCCCGCCGCCUACGCGGCCUUCCCGCUGAGCCCCACCAAACUCGGCCAGUUCCCGUUCAUGUGAGAGCUCGCCGCGUCGAGGAGGAGUUUGGUUCCAGAAGAAACAUGGUGUUUGUUACAUAUUAGCCAUGGCACAACAGGAAAAUUAUUUUUUUGAAUCAUGUAGACUUGGGUGCAAUUUAAACAACUCUCUGAGCUUUAAAAAAAAAAAACAAACUCACUUUUAAUGUGUUUUGCACAUUUGGUAUAACUUGUCUUUGGUCAUGUUAUCUUCUUAUAUAGUAACUUUAGACAGGUGACUUAUGGGAGCAGAAGUCUGGUUUUGCUCCUGCUAUUUUUUAUAAAAUUGCCUUCUAACUAGUGCAAGACACGUCUACAUUUGGGAAGCCAUUCAGUGUACAGAACUAGAGCAACAGAUGCACAUGUGUCAGCAGUACGGUGUAGAAGUAACUCGUUUGUGUUGCGUAUCUUGGUGUUUAAAUGUUGAGUCACUUAUCUAAAAGUUGAGCUGUUGUUCUUCACAUUGCAUGUGUCUUUUGCAUGGGCAAAGAAAAGGCCUAAACAUUGCUCUUAAAUGUUGUUGUCCCAAUAAUCUCAGCUGCAUUGUAAACUGUUCCCACACAUAGUGCCUUAAAUAUUUGAGGUUGUUAAUGUUAUUACUUAUUAUAAAUGUUGAGGACUGCAGCACUUAAAAAUUCAGAUCUGCUGAUUUUUUGAUAGCGUAAUGCUCAUUUUGGGUUUUGUGUGGUAUUAUUUUAGUAUUGGGUGUAUUUUCCUGAUUGAGAAGGCAGCAUGUUUUGCUGUAGCCGAACUUUGCUGUCUUUUUUUUCCCCCCCCAGAAUGAUCUAGCUUCAGGACAGGACUUUAGUAGUGCUUAAGGAAAGUUGAUUCAGUAGCUGUUGAGUAGUGACACGCAAGACAGUAUUUCAUACUGGUAAAUGGAACUGCAAUACGACCUAAGUAGUUUAUUUUCAAAGUGUUUGUCUAAUUGGAUAUAAUAAAAUGUUUAGAGGUGAGGUAGGCAUGACUGACUAGCUAAUGAAAGGAGCAGCCAAGCGCUCAUUGAUCCAUGAUGUGGUUUCAUCUUAGCUUGAGCAAACCAUGCAGUAUUUAAUAACUAGUAGCAGAAUAUUUACUGUUGAAGCUUGAAAAAAGAUGUGAGUUCUUUGUGUGCAAUCUUUCAUUUAUGCAUGGGAGAGAUUUUAGUCUUUUUACAUGAAUAGUAUUUGUUUUAGCCUGUUGUGGGUGUUUGCUUAUUUAAUACAUUCCGUCAGGGACGUAAAUUACAUGCUUUUUGCAUUAUUAUUAUUAUUUUUUUUUUCUCUCCUUAGGAAGUGUGUCUUUUCGUUUUUUGUUUUGUUCAAAUGAAGUUGCUUUUGCAGCACCAAAGACUUAAUCAUCCAUUUCCUAUAAAAGGUAGCUACUUUUUCAUAGACCUCAAGUAUACUGUAGUGUAGAGAUGGGAUUUAUGGAAGGUAUUAAGCUGAGGCUGUGUUUUAGCUUAUGGGCAAGUAAUAAAUUGUAUCAUUUAUCUUGAAUGUAUCAUAGAUAAGCUGCUAUAUAAUGAUUGCCACUUCAGAUAGCUGUGAAAUUAGGUGAUUAACUAGUUCUUUCUUAGCCUUCUAAUUUCUGUACAAGUCUAAUUACAUGAAAUAGAAGCUGGGGUUUGGGUUUGGUUUAUUUUAUUUUUUUUUUUAAUUUUUAUUUUGUUUUCAUGUUUGAAGUGUCGUAACUACUAUACUGUAAAUGAUGGAAGAUGAUUGCAUAUGUUUUUUGGGGUGUGUUAUUUGCAUCAGUAUUUUAUCUCCAUUAACUUUGAGCUCAUCACUGCAUAUAAGUGGAUGUAUUAAUGUAACUUAAUUUUUUUUUAUGUUUUCAUAUUGGCAUUGUGUAGACACGUAAGAAGCUGCAUCUUGCAGGCUUGACUUAACUUUUUUUAAAACAAAAUCUGGAAUACAAUCCUUGCAAUGUUGACUGGAAUAAGAGUGCAAAGCAUUUGAGUUUAACUCUGUCAAUAAGCUAAUAACUGGUGAUCUUUUUCUUUACUCCACUAACACAAGCAGUGUUUUAUUUAAUGAAUGUCUGAAUGAAAUAAAUGUGCCUACAUUUGAUUUAUUUUUUAAGUAAUAACUAAGAUACAGCAGUAUUAGAACAAAAAAAAAAAAAAAGAGAAAAUACCAGCAGUACAUUUUUAAUCACACUGAAAAUUAAGAAACCUAAUUUUUCCCAAAACUUUCGAUGUUUUUAGUAAUCAACUCUAUGCAUUUUGUACAAGUGUGUGUGUAUAUAAAGUAUACAUUAGCAACUAGGCGUAUCCUGAUGAAUUUGAAAUCUUACCAACACGUGUGUAAAGCCUGAACAUGGGGAGUCAAAUUGGAUGUCCACCUUUACCACUUCAAACUCGUGCUGUUUUGUGUUCACUCCCUUUCUUUGGUGCUCACUCCAUUGCAGGCAAUGGACACACCAAGAACCACCAAUGCAAACAGAGCACAUCGAUUUUUGUAUCGUGGUAACAAAAAAAAAAACCCAACCCAAACAACAAAAAAACCUGCUUUUUCUUUUCUUCUUUUUUUUUUUUUUUUUCCUGGGGCCACGGGGAUCAUCAUGGGUCUGAUGUAUUUUCUGUACUUUCUUUUUACUGUGCUUAAGGUUUGGAGCUGACGUGCUUGUUGAAUUGACACGGUUCUCUGUGUAUCACCCCAGUGUCCUGCCCUAUGCAGGGAAGGGUUGCUGGAAACGCUCCCCAAAUUAGAUCUGCUGCUCUUUCUUUGUAUCGUAAUCUUAGAAAUGUCUGCAUUUCAAAGAAUGAAAUAUCUGGGAUCCUGUCACAGCUUAAAUUCAACACACCAGGUGACUUUCCCCCCUCCUCCCGCAAUGUACUCUGAGAGAACAGACUCUUGUCUCUGCAAGUGUCUGGGGCCCAUCUGCAGAAAAAAAAGCUUUCAGAGCGAGGGCCUUUUCUGUGAAAAAAGUCAUCCCCUGAGAAGCAUUUUUACACAAUACCGUUUUAAUGCCUUUUUUAAAUAAAACACUGCAUGACGAUGGAAUUGCAUAUCUGCAUAUUACUUUAAUUUGCAAGGUUUUAUAUGAAUUUCUCGUGUUCAGUUUUUAACUUCAGGGUGUUUUAUUGGUCAAAUAUGCUACUGUAUUAACUCCUCUUUUUUUGUUCUGUUUUAAUUUUUAAAUUUUCUGUUUUUACUGCUAAUUAAUGUGGUUUGUGUUAAGUAAAAGUUAAAUCACACUGCAAGCUGUAGGAAGACUUGUUCUAGAAACACCCAGUGAUAGAGACUUGAUUAAUGAGGUUGAACUGUUACUGUUUAACAAUUUGUAGACUUGUGGCUUUUUUUUUUUUUGCUUUGGAUUUCUCUGCUACACUAGUUCGCCAUGUAGCAAUUGCACUGUGCAAUAUUACAAUAUGAGGACUGGGAAAAUUUUUUAUGGAUGUAAUGUCUCUUACAGUUUGCGAUAGUAUUUCUUUCUAGUUCUCAGUGAUUUAAAUGUGACCAAGCCUUCUGUACUUUGUCACAAAAAGCGGGUUUUCCAGGUGACUAUUUUGGUGAGUGUCAAAAUAAGAAUUUAUGGUGUAUUACUGUCAAGAUUCACUUUGAAUUAAAAUAUAUAUUGCAGCAGAU